AUGCAUGGCGCGGUAGAGAAACUGGGCCACGGUGCGUACUCGGCGGACUUAAUCUCUACAUUAUGUAUUGGGAAUGUACCUCAUGGCGGCUUUUUGGCAUUUGUUUUUCUAGAGGCCACGAAGGCAUAUUUGCAGAAAGAAGUGCAUCAGAACAUUAUGCUUGGUCACUGGGAGUUUUUAUUUCCUACAAAAGUCGGCCGCGCCAUUUUGCUUGUCGAGGAGGUAAAAACGGGGAAACGAAUGUCAGUACUGCAUAUUAAGCUAUACCAGGGCGACAUCAGUGAAAAUGCUCCGUGGAUCAAAAGUUCAUCCUACGCGGCGACUACCGCCUACAUUACGGCAGAGACAUCGGAAAUCAACAUCGGAGUGAGCAUCCCGACCGGUUGGCAUAGCGCGCCUUCAUCAAUGCCCAAACUCCGCCUAUUACCGCCCGCUGGUGAUGGCGAUUGGCAGCGACUGCAUGUGCCACCGGUCGCAAAAGCGUUACAGCACGUGGAAUUUUAUGUUUUGAGCUCACAAGAUCCAACAUUGGCAACACGCGAUUACUGGAUUCGCUUAGCAGGCGGAGGGAAUUUUUCCAAUGCCUCCCUCGGGUUUGUCUGCGACGUGGGUCCGCCAGUGUUUAUCGAUUCAUUUCGGAGUGCGGCAGAAAAGACUGUGGCUCGCAGCUCGAGCAAGAGGGACUCGUGGUAUCCGACAUUGGUGAUGGACAUGCAAACUAAGCAGCAGUUGCCGGAAAUGGGUAUCGAGUGGCUGCGGCUGCGGUUUCAGUCAAAAGUGGUUCAUAACGAUCGUUUAGACGUUGAAGUGCUAGUCUUCGACGAGUUGGGCGACCUGAUCACAAUUAGCCACCAUGUGGUCAUGAUAGUUGACAUGGAGCAGAAGAAUACUGCAAGGGGUGAACAGAAGGCAAGCAUAUGA